UAGGGAUUGAAACAUCACAGGCCUUCACAGGAUGGGAUUGAAGUAUAGAAUAUGGCAUGUAAAAUGUGUUUAGGCUCAUGCAAACCGGCAUCUGGAUCCACAAGACGUCACACAAGUUUGCUUAAUAGAGGUCCACAGUGCCAUUGCCAUCUUCUAACCGUCUUUACAUAUCUGAUUGCUUCCGGAAGUUGCAACACCAUGCUUUCAGCUUUCCCUCAACACUCACAUCUGACACGUGUUUGGUUGCUAAUGAUGUACUGAGCACUUGUUUUUCACACAUAACAAUAUUUGGGAUUUUUACCUGCAGAGGACAAGGGCAGCGAUGAUAUUCAGAAACCUGGGGCCAUUUGUGCCAAUUAUCAAAGUAGCAUGGGAAAAAACUAUCGCUGUUUCUAAGCUCUUUUGUUUUCUACACAUUACCAGCACCUAUGUGAUCUGCCUUGGUGUGACAGCUGGUCCUAGCAUGCUUCCUACAAUCGAACUGAGACCAAAUCUGUUCUUAUUUGAAAAGAUCUCAACCCGGUUUGGUAAAGUUGCUUGUGGAGAUAUUGUAGGCUUGCGUGAUCCUCAAGACCCUAGACGCUACUUGACAAAACGUGUGGUUGGAUUGGAGGGUGAUAGUGUUACAUACAUUUCAGAUCCUGAGAACAAUGAUAAGCCUGAGACAACUGUGGUUCCAAAGGGUGGCGUUUGGCUAGAGGGAGAUAACAAGUAUAAUAGCCGUGAUUCAAGAACUUUUGGGCCUGUUCCUUAUGGCCUUAUUCAGGGCAAGAUGUUUUGGAAGAUAUUGCCACUUAAUGAUAUUGGACCUUUCUGGGAUAAAUGAUCUGAAGCAAAGCAUUCAAUCAUGUAAGCUACAAUAUUUGUUCAACAUGACUGUUCAAUUUGGAAGACAAAACCCUACCUGUUUGGACUCUGUCCAACCUUCUCUUUGCGAUUAGGAGUUUACAACCUAGACUUGUGCAUUUUGCUCGGCUAAG